AUGGGUCCGAGGAGAGCGGUGUCAACCUGGUUCGUUUUAUUUGUGAUGCCUCUCGUUUGUUUUUGCGAAGCUGUGGAUAAACAAGACAUGCAAGUGAUUGACAUACUAACACUACAGGAUGUUAAACAGAAUGUAGCUGCAGUUGAAAAGGUCUCCGGUGCUCUGAAGACACUCAGCGACAUCUACAUUGUAUCCACUUUUCGCCUGCCGCCAAAACUGGGAGGGGUGCUGCUGGGCCUCUAUAAUAAACAGGACAAUAAGAAAUACCUAGAGCUGGCCAUCAUGGGAAAAAUCAACAAAGCUCUGGUACGCUAUGUAAGAGAGGAUGGAAAGCUCCACACUGUAAACCUCCAGGGCCCUAAUCUGGCGGAUGGACGCACCCAUUCCAUUAUUUUACGGGUUGGGGGCCUGCGCAGGGAGAAACUGCACCUCGAGCUGUACAUUGACUGCCGCAUGGCUGAUUCGAGUCAACGGCUCCCUCAGCUGGUUCGUCUGCCCGCGGAGGCUGAGUUAGUGGAGAUCCGCAAUGGACACAAGGCAUACGCAAGAGUUCAGGGCUCUGUAGAAUCUCUGAAACUGGCUCUAGGAGGCACUGUAGCCAAGGUAGGGGCUCUCACUGACUGCCCCUUUCAAGGAGAUGCCUCAGUGUAUAACACAGUUAAUGGAGAGUUGAACUCCAUACUUGGUGAUCAUACUAAAGCCCUGAUUGGUCAACUCAUCAUCUUUAAUCAGAUCUUGGGAGAGUUAAGAGAGGAUAUCAGAGAGCAGGUGAAAGAGAUGUCACUAAUCAGGAACACAAUAUUGGAGUGUCAAGUGUGUGGUUUCCAUGAACCUCGGUCUCGUUGUCAGCCCAACCCUUGUUAUAAAGGAGUUGCCUGUAUGGAGAUUGUCGAGUACCCUGGGUAUCGAUGUGGACCUUGCCCUGAAGGCAUGACAGGAAAUGGCACGCAUUGUCGAGAUAUUGAUGAGUGUGCUGUAGCCCAGCCCUGUUACUCCCCUGGUGGUUGUGUGAACACAGAAAAGGGUUUCACCUGUGAACCCUGCCCCCCUGGAUUCUGGGGACCACCUCUCAUUGGUGUUGGUUUGGAAUUUGCAAAGCACAGCAAACAGGAAUGUUCCGAUAUAGAUGAGUGUGUUGAAGUCAGCAAUGCUUGUACCCCCAACUCUGUUUGCACAAAUACUAUUGGUUCCUUUAAGUGUGGUCUGUGUAAAGCAGGUUACAUAGGGAACCAAACGGCAGGCUGCUUCCCACGCAAGACCUGUGCCUCACUCAGCUUUAACCCAUGUGAUGCCAAUGCACACUGCAGGAUAGAGAGAAAUGGGGAUGUGUCAUGUGCGUGUAAUGUUGGCUGGGCUGGCAAUGGGAACACAUGUGGAAAGGAUACGGACAUUGAUGGAUAUCCUGAUCGAUCCUUGCCCUGCAUGGAUAAUAACAAGCACUGUAAACAGGACAACUGUAUUUAUACACCUAACUCUGGACAAGAGGAUGCAGACAAUGAUGGGAUAGGUGACCAGUGUGACGAAGAUGCAGAUGGUGACGGGAUUAAGAAUGUUGAGGAUAAUUGUCGUCUUGUAUCCAACAAAGACCAACAAAACUCAGACACUGACUCGUUUGGUGACGCGUGUGACAACUGCCCGAAUGUGCCAAACAUUGACCAGAGGGACACAGACAACAACGGGGAGGGAGACGCCUGUGACAACGACAUUGACGGAGAUGGUAUUCAGAACGUGCUGGACAACUGUCCUAAGGUGCCUAACCCUAUGCAGACGGACCGAGACGGAGACGGGGUGGGGGAUGCCUGUGACAGUUGCCCUGAAAUCAGCAACCCCAUGCAGACUGACAUUGACAACGACCUGGUGGGGGAUGUGUGUGACACCAAUCAGGACACGGAUGGGGAUGGUCAUCAGGACACACGUGACAACUGUCCAGACAUCCCCAAUAGUUCUCAGCUUGACUCAGACAAUGAUGGCAUCGGUGACGAUUGCGAUGAUGAUGAUGACAAUGAUGGAAUUCCCGACUUCGGAGGUCUCGGUCCAGACAACUGUCGUCUCAUAUCCAACCCCAACCAGAAAGACUCGGAUGGAAACGGAGUGGGUGAUGUAUGCGAGAAUGACUUUGACAACGACGCUGUUAUGGACAUCAUCGAUGUGUGUCCGGAGAGUGCAGAGGUCACGCUGACGGACUUCCGGGCUUAUCAGACUGUCAUUCUGGAUCCUGAAGGAGAUGCCCAGAUUGAUCCCAACUGGGUGGUACUCAACCAGGGUAUGGAGAUUGUUCAGACAAUGAAUAGUGAUCCUGGUUUGGCCGUGGGCUACACGGCCUUCAAUGGUGUGGACUUUGAGGGAACUUUCCACAUUAACACGGUGACGGACGACGACUAUGUCGGCUUCAUCUUUGGUUACCAGGACUCAUCCAGUUUUUAUGUGGUAAUGUGGAAACAGACGGAGCAGUCGUAUUGGCAGUCUGUGCCUUUCAGAGCUUUGGCCGAACCUGGCUUACAGCUGAAGGCUGUGAAGUCUCUCACAGGCCCUGGUGAGUUCCUGCGUAAUGCCCUUUGGCAUACGGGUGACACCGACGGAGAGGUGAAACUGUUGUGGAAGGACCCGCGGAAUGUGGGCUGGAGAGACAAAACCUCUUACCGCUGGCAGCUCAGUCACAGGCCGCAGGUGGGCUACAUCAGGGUGAAGUUAUAUGAGGGGACAGAAAUGGUUGCCGACUCUGGAGUAGUGAUUGACACGACCAUGAGAGGAGGGAGGCUGGGCGUCUUCUGCUUUUCCCAGGAGAAUAUAAUCUGGUCCAAUUUACGCUACCGCUGUAACGAUACCGUCCCAGAUGAUUUCAACAGCCACCGUAAGCAAGUUCUAAUGCACUUCAAGGUGUGAGGAGGGUGAAUUGUGGGAGCUUUUGA